UUCAUCUUCGGCCCUUUACAUCAUGGCCACUCGGAUUCGGAAGACUCGGGCCAGCACUAAGGCCUGUCACUCCUGUCGACGGCGCAAAGUGCGAUGCCAGUUCGAUAGUGGGAUGCCCAAAUGUCGGGCUUGCUAUCGACGAUCGUCUUUGUGCAUCCCGAGCAUGGUCGCCCUUCCCCAGCUUGAGGCCGAACCCACCGCGUUCGACCCGUUUGCCGAUGUGUUGUUAGGGCUGCCCUCGCUGGCAGAGACCGCGCAUCUCGACACCGCAUUGUCUCCUCUCGCUCAUCAAUUGAGCUCUGCCUUCGAUCCGCCGCCUGACACGGACCCUUUUUCUCUUUUGUCCUGCUUCGCGCUCCCUCGCUCCCUCGUCAGUCAUCACGACUCAACUCCCCUAUCCAUCUUCUCGCGCGAGGGUAAAGAAUGGUUGGCAGCAGCUGCGGGCACCGACGUCCUCGACUCGCAUGGUCUCUCUGCUGCGGCGUUCGGAGCCGACACGAUCUUUGGCAGCCCAUCGCCCCUGGCAAAGCAGUUCGUCGCUCUUCCGCCAAAGGACAUUGCUCGCUCCUUGCUGCAAACUUACUUUGCGGUGUACAAUUCGUUCUGUCCCACUUUCCAGGAGGAGGAGUUUAUGCUGUGGUUCGAGCUAGAGUAUCCUAUCGGACCCGAAUCGUCCGCAGCAUGGGCAUGCCUCAACGCGACGUUCGCUUUGGCCUCCCUUCUUGACGAACAGUCGCAAGCCAACUCGUGGCUGUUUUGGAAAAAUGCCACGCUUUCCUGGGAAUCAUUCGUGACCCAGGCCCCCAGCUUAUGCUCCGCUCAGGCUCUUCUGACCAUGACGCUCUACCUGCUGGGGACCUUUCACAGUAACCCCUCCAGCACCAUGAUUUCCAUGGCAGUGCGCAUGCUCAGCGGAAUAUCAUCACCCCAAGCCAGCCUGUCGCAACAAUUCCAGCUCGUCAGGAUGGUCACACAAUCUUUAGACUUGGACCACGCUCUCCAAGUGGGAGUGCCGCCUACCGAACUCGGAGCAGUUCAGGAUAUAGCUAUUCCUGACUAUCUUCCAGACCCCAAUCUCCAGUUCGACUGCUACCCUUCAUUUUGUCGACUAUUGGGGCUCAAAGAGCAGGUCUAUCGCCAACUAUAUUCCAUUACUGCACAAGAUAAGGAUGAGUACGAGGCCAUCGCCGCCGUAGGCCAACUAGACUCGCAGCUCGAGCAGUGGAAAAGCGACAUUCCUGAAAAAUACCGGCCCGGCCAUCCCAAGGCCAGAGAUACAAUCGAACAUGGGCCCUCACCAACAAUCCUUCACCUUCAUCUCAGCUACUAUUACUGUGUCUUGGUUAUCCAUCGCCGGUUGACGUUUUACAGAUCCAAUUCAAAGGCGUUCACACCAUUCGCUACAAGCCACAUCGCACAUCGCUCUCCCAAUCCUCGCGCUCUCAUAUCAACACGGCUUUGUGCGGACGCUGCCCGGGCCUCAUUAAGGAUGGUCAAGUGUAUUCCGAAAGAGAAUCCCCUGGUUCGUGGGCUUAUGCUGUAUUAUGUUGUCUUCGCACUCAAGCUCCUCGUCACCCAUACGAUCCAAGACCCAAGCAGUCCACGCGCGCGCGCCGAUGUCUUACUCAUGCGAAAUCUGGAAGAUGUGCUUUCGACUAUCCCUGUCGCCCAGGACGAACGAAGCACCCGAAAUUUGAUUGACUACUGCACCCAUCACCGAGAUGCCGCUGAGCAGGCGAUAAAUGAUGCUCUAGCACGGCGCAGGCCAAAAGACUAUGAUGGACCACGAGAGGGCCAUGUCUCAUCGCAUGUUUCCUGAAUAUCGCCAUUAGACGACAGAAUCGCAGGCUCGAUCUUUUGUAAGCUAACAAUCCUUUAUAAAUAGAUAGUUUACCCUGUCGGGGCGCCAUAGAUAGCACAUAGAAAUGUUUGAUGACCCAUGUACUUAUCUCUUUC